CGGGGUUGGGGCGGGCAGUAAAUAAAGGGUGGGGCCAGCGAGGGCAGGAGGAAAGCAAGGAUUGAGGAAAUCAAGAACGUGGCUCCGCUCCCAGUUAACCUGCUGAAGCUCAUCAGGGUUGCUCAGAGCCCCUGCACCAACUCACCCAGUACCCUCGCUCCUUCUUCGUUAGUCUUCUUUCCCCCUUUCCCCUCCUCUGUCUGUACCUACCCCCCACUUUUGCAUCUGACCAGAGGACGAAUGAGGGAGACGUUCCCGCAGAUCCGGGCAGCAACUUUCCUCAGCUGGUCUCUGGGCUCCGGGAGCCGAAGCGCGCUGAUCCUCCGCGGUCCGCGGCUCAUGGAGGAGGAGGAGGAGGAGCGGUGAUGGGCUAGUGACACACCGAGGAGCCCCGAGCGAGCUCAGCCUUGCCAGCCAGCUCUGCGUUCCCACGCGGGUUCCCUCGAGCUCGUUUCGUGGGGAGCGCGCCGCGUGGUUGGAACCAGAGAAUCCGGAGAGGAUGAAGCGGGGACCCGGCCCAAGUUGGAUGCAUCUCUCCGGCGUGCGGCAGCGGCUGUAUCUCGGCAUGUCAUAAUUAAGAAGCGAGAAAGAUGGAGCUCGGCAAACUCCUUGCCCAGCCCGGGCUCUGGACCAGGGACACCAGCUGGGCACUCCUCUAUUUCCUCUGCUACGUCCUCCCUCAGACCGCCCCGCAAGUACUCAGGAUCGGAGGGAUUUUUGAAACAGUGGAAAAUGAGCCUGUUAAUGUUGAAGAAUUAGCUUUCAAGUUUGCAGUCACCAGCAUUAACAGAAACCGAACCCUGAUGCCUAACACCACAUUAACCUAUGACAUCCAGAGAAUUAACCUUUUUGAUAGUUUUGAAGCCUCACGGAGAGCAUGUGACCAGCUGGCUCUUGGUGUGGCUGCUCUCUUUGGCCCUUCCCAUAGCUCCUCCGUCAGUGCCGUGCAGUCUAUUUGCAAUGCUCUCGAAGUUCCGCACAUACAGACCCGCUGGAAACACCCCUCGGUGGACAACAAAGAUUUGUUUUACAUCAACCUUUACCCAGAUUAUGCAGCUAUCAGCAGGGCGAUCCUGGAUCUGGUCCUCUACUACAACUGGAAAACAGUGACUGUGGUGUAUGAAGACAGCACAGGUCUAAUUCGUCUACAAGAGCUCAUCAAAGCUCCCUCCAGAUAUAAUAUUAAAAUCAAAAUCCGCCAGCUGCCUUCUGGGAAUAAAGAUGCCAAGCCUUUACUCAAGGAGAUGAAGAAAGGCAAGGAGUUCUAUGUGAUAUUUGAUUGUUCACAUGAAACAGCUGCUGAAAUCCUUAAGCAGAUUCUGUUCAUGGGCAUGAUGACUGAGUACUAUCACUACUUUUUCACAACCCUGGACUUAUUUGCUUUAGAUCUGGAACUCUAUAGGUACAGCGGCGUCAACAUGACCGGGUUUCGGCUCCUUAACAUCGACAACCCUCACGUGUCAUCCAUCAUUGAGAAGUGGUCCAUGGAGAGACUGCAGGCCCCACCCAGGCCCGAGACUGGUCUUUUGGAUGGCAUGAUGACAACCGAAGCAGCUCUGAUGUAUGAUGCUGUGUACAUGGUGGCCAUUGCCUCGCAUCGGGCAUCCCAGCUGACCGUCAGCUCCCUUCAGUGCCAUCGACAUAAGCCAUGGCGCCUUGGACCCAGAUUUAUGAACCUGAUUAAAGAGGCUCGGUGGGAUGGCUUGACUGGGCGUAUCACCUUCAAUAAAACCAAUGGCUUGAGGAAGGAUUUUGAUCUGGACAUUAUUAGUCUCAAAGAGGAAGGAACUGAAAAGGCUGCUGGCGAAGUGUCUAAACACUUGUAUAAAGUGUGGAAGAAGAUUGGGAUUUGGAAUUCCAACAGUGGGCUUAACAUGACGGAUAGCAACAAAGACAAGUCCAGCAAUAUCACCGAUUCACUGGCCAACCGAACACUCAUUGUCACCACCAUUCUGGAAGAACCCUAUGUUAUGUAUAGGAAAUCUGAUAAGCCUCUAUAUGGAAACGAUCGAUUUGAAGGAUAUUGCCUGGACCUGCUGAAAGAAUUGUCAAACAUCCUGGGUUUCAUUUAUGAUGUUAAACUAGUUCCCGAUGGCAAAUAUGGGGCCCAGAAUGACAAAGGAGAGUGGAACGGGAUGGUUAAAGAACUCAUAGAUCACAGGGCUGACCUGGCAGUGGCUCCUCUUACCAUCACCUAUGUGCGGGAGAAAGUCAUUGACUUCUCCAAACCCUUCAUGACCCUAGGCAUCAGCAUUCUCUAUCGGAAGCCCAAUGGUACCAAUCCAGGUGUCUUCUCCUUUCUCAACCCCCUGUCUCCAGAUAUUUGGAUGUAUGUGCUCUUAGCCUGCUUGGGAGUCAGUUGUGUACUCUUUGUGAUUGCAAGGUUUACACCCUACGAGUGGUAUAACCCCCACCCAUGCAACCCUGACUCAGACGUGGUGGAAAACAAUUUUACUUUACUAAAUAGUUUCUGGUUUGGAGUUGGAGCUCUCAUGCAGCAAGGAUCAGAGCUGAUGCCCAAAGCUCUAUCGACCAGAAUAGUUGGAGGGAUAUGGUGGUUUUUCACCCUAAUCAUCAUUUCAUCCUACACUGCCAAUCUGGCUGCCUUCUUGACAGUAGAGAGAAUGGAAUCCCCCAUAGAUUCGGCAGAUGAUCUGGCAAAGCAAACCAAGAUAGAAUAUGGGGCAGUCAGAGAUGGAUCAACAAUGACCUUCUUCAAGAAAUCAAAAAUCUCUACCUAUGAGAAGAUGUGGGCUUUCAUGAGCAGCAGGCAGCAGACUGCCCUGGUAAGAAACAGUGACGAGGGCAUCCAGAGAGUGCUUACCACAGACUACGCGCUGCUGAUGGAGUCCACCAGCAUUGAGUAUGUGACGCAGAGAAACUGCAACCUCACUCAGAUCGGGGGCCUCAUUGACUCCAAAGGUUACGGAGUGGGAACGCCUAUUGGCUCUCCUUACCGGGAUAAAAUUACUAUUGCUAUUCUUCAACUCCAAGAAGAAGGGAAGCUGCAUAUGAUGAAAGAGAAGUGGUGGCGUGGGAAUGGCUGCCCCGAGGAAGACAACAAAGAAGCCAGUGCUCUGGGAGUGGAAAAUAUUGGGGGCAUCUUCAUUGUUCUGGCUGCCGGACUGGUCCUUUCUGUAUUUGUAGCUAUUGGAGAAUUCAUAUACAAAUCACGGAAGAAUAAUGAUAUUGAACAGGCUUUUUGUUUCUUUUAUGGACUGCAAUGUAAGCAAACCCAUCCAACCAACUCCACUUCUGGAACCACUUUAUCUACGGAUUUAGAAUGUGGCAAAUUAAUUCGAGAGGAGAGAGGGAUUCGGAAACAGUCCUCAGUUCAUACUGUGUAAUCAGUUUAAAAAAAAAAAAAAAAAAAAGGUGUGCCCAGUAGAAAUUGUUUCUGCUAAUUGGUGUUGUUGAUAUUUGUAUUUGCUAAGCAUAAAUAGCCACCAUUCUCUAUUCCUUUAGGAUAGCAAAACUCAUGUGUUCUAGACAUUGAAUUGAAUGCACCAGAAAGAGACUUGCACUGUAUGUUGAAGCAGGGGCAUAUUAGGGGUACACAGACUCCUAGAAAUGUGUAUUUACAGGGAUUGUCUCUGUCCCAACUAGUCAUCUUAGUUCUAUCUUCAUGCAUUAGAAAUAAGCAACUCUUUCUUCAUGAAAAAGGAAAUUCAGACUUUCAACAGCGCAAAGCAUGAAAACAAAAUGCAAAUUGUGCGGACUUCUUUUCAUCUCUGUGAACUUUGUUCCCUCCUCUUUCUUUCUCCCUGUCCCAUACAUUGUGUAGAUCUGCAUAUUUUCAAACUACCUGAAACUCUUCUUACCUUUUCAACAGUACGUACAUAACUCCAUAACAAGGUUAAUUUUUUAAUUCAAAUUCAUUUCACAAUGUAAAAUGUAUUAUUUACCCAAAGACUCAAAAGUGUCUUAAGAGUUUAGAGAUUCAAAAACUGCAAUCCACAGAAAGAAAACUCAACUUGAAAGCUCCGGCGUCACAGAAGAGCACUACCUAAGUUGAACACCACUCUUGGAAACAGAGCACAGUCAAGAAUAAUUCCCAGGGAGAAAUUCAUUAACCUCAAACUCUUAAAUAACAUUGAUUUGUAGAGUUUAACAGUCUUCUGUAGGUUCUGAGUCUUAAGGAACAGUGAUAUAUUUCAAGCUAUAUAGUAUUUCUUCAAAGAUCCCAGCAAAGUCCUAAGCUAUGUACUAAUUCAUAGCAUCUUCUGUUUACCACUCACUUGCUCCCUCUGUUUGCAUUGAUGAGCAUCUUUCCACAAGUAGUUACUUCACUUCCUUGCCGCUUACCCAAGAUAGAGUGGUUGUUCUUGGAGCAAUCUUUCCUGAACAUCACCACUUUCACAGUGGUUUAUUUGCAUCCAUCAUCAUUGUUAAUUUAUUCCAUUAUCAAAGUAUUCUGGGGAAAAGAGAAAGUGGGAAAAAAUAAAGGAAAGAGUGUCCAUACGCAUUAGUUACAGAUCUCUGUAGAUUUAUUUUCCAUCUGGAUUCAAAGUGCUGUACAUAAUUCCCAUGCUAACUCAACCUGGUGAUGUGAAAAAAAAAAAACUGAUUGCACAUUUAAUUUGUUGUGACAGAGGAUAUCUGAUGAUUUCUCUAGGCUCAUUUUCCCUCCCCAGUGAAUAGGAAAAUUGAAGAUGUGUUUCAUCUUUUCUCAAUAUGGGAUCAGUUGGUCUUUAUUCUUUUCUUAAUGGGAUUACCUUCUGACACAUCAAGCGAUCCCCUAAAGCCCAUUCCUUGAAGCAGAGAUAUGCCAUCUGUGCAAUCAUAUAGCAUUUUACCGUCUCUUUGCUUAGCUUUAAAUGGCUCCAAAUUUUGGAAACCACAGGCCUCUCCAAUCAAUUGUGUACUUCUUUAGUAAAGCAUAUUAGGAAAGUUGACUCUUGUCCUGAUUGUUUCUCAGCCUUGCUUCCUUCUUUAAAGAAACGUACUCAGAAGAAAAUAUCAUAAAUUAUACUAACAAUGUUUUAUUGUUAUUAAACUAGAAGCAACAUACUAUUUGUCCCAAGUCAGAGUUCACAUUUUCGUAAUCAAUAGAAUCAGAUGUUGGGAUGAAUAUGACAUUAUUCUUAGUUUCAUAUUUCAUGGAUUCAGUAUCUAGAAAUCACAAAUUUUAUAAGUUUACUUUUCCAAAGAUGAUUUAAUAAAUCAAAAAUGCUACCAAAAGAGUUCAAAUAUGAUUGAUGAAGUAUAGACAAUCAGAAUUAAUAAUAACUGACAAAAUUUAACUUUCUGCAGAGACUAUUAUUUAAAAGUGGAAUUCAGAGAUUUGAAAAAAGAAAUUAUCUCUUUCAAAAAUUAAUAUUUGUAUACCACUUUAGACUGUAAAGUACCUAAUUCUGAUAUUUCUAUACUAUUUUAUAGUUUUCAAAAUGUUUUCACAUAUAACAUUACAUUUGGUCUUUUCAACAAUUUAAAUUUAGCUUUACUAUCAGUCAUUGGCCUGCAGUUAUAGAUUUUAGAAGCAGAAGAAAAUAUUCUAAAAUAGCCAAACUUAGAUUCAAGUUCCAGUAGAGCCACACACUGAAUAACUGUAGGCAAGUUACCAAAUUUCUCAGUCUUGAUUUCUUAAAAUGUAACAGUGGGACAAAAUUUCUAGAACAUAAAGUUUUGUACGGGUGUUUUUCAAAAUGGGUUAAGUUGGCAAAUGUUUCUCAAAUAAAAUUUUUAUAGUUAAGUAACCCAUGGAGCAUCACUCUAAGUGUUCCUUUACUACAUGCUAUCUCAGUGUGCUUCACAAGUUUUUGUUCUUUGAGAAUUUUCAACAAAGCAAAAAGUAUUCAGCACUUCUCAAGCCAAUUAGAUUGCAGAUUUUUUUCCGCACAACAUCUUGACAGACCAGGGUCCCACAGAUCAUCCUCAAGGGAACACAGGCAUGAUCAUGUGAAUCUCAUCCCAUAAGAGUGUACAAAACAUCUUGCAUUGUGCUUGACACAUAGUAGCCACUCAAUAAAUAAUUGCCUAUACUUUGGAGUAAACUUCUAAGCCUCAAAUUUCUUACUUGUAAAAUGAGGGUAAUAUGGACUUUAUACAAUUACUAUGACAAUUAAAUGAAAUCAUGGCAUAGAAAAUGA